AGGAGGUGCAGUGCAAGUAAGUAAAGAUAUAGCUGGCAAAAGGUUGUCGAGGUCAGCGAGCGUUUCAACCGCAAUUUGAUUCCCCGUCUCAUAGGUCACCUCUUCCCUCCUCUCUCUCUCUCUCUCUCUUUCGGUUCAAUUUCCCUCUUUCCCUCUCUCUCUGUCCAAUUAGGGUUAGAGCUUUGGGCUACUUUGGGAAAUUUCUGAAUCAUUUCCAUUCUCUAAUUAGGGCCUUUUGUUCCUCGGAGAUGGAGUUAUCUUGAUGGCUUCUCGAACUGAUGAACAAGCGGCGUUCUGAGUAAAAAGUAGAAAAAUAAGAAGCAGACUGUGGGGUCUUAGAGAGAGAGAGAGAGGUGUGGCAGGGAAGAAGAUCUGGUGCUUCGCUUUUGGAAAUGAGCGCGUCCAGGUUCAUCAAGUGCGUUACGGUCGGUGAUGGUGCUAUCGGCAAAACCUGCAUGCUGAUUUCUUAUACCAGCAAUACAUUCCCUACGGAUUAUGUGCCAACUGUGUUCGACAAUUUCAGUGCUAAUGUGGUUGUGGAUGGAAGCACUGUCAACCUAGGUCUAUGGGAUACUGCAGGUCAGGAGGAUUACAAUAGGUUAAGACCCUUGAGCUAUCGAGGGGCAGAUGUAUUUAUACUUGCUUUCUCUCUCAUAAGCAAGGCCAGCUACGAAAAUGUUGCAAAGAAGUGGAUUCCUGAACUGAGGCAUUAUGCACCUGGUGUUCCAAUAAUUCUUGUUGGGACAAAGCUCGAUCUUCGAGAUGAUAAACAGUUCUUCAUAGAUCAUCCUGGUGCAGUACCCAUUACUACAGCUCAAGGAGAGGAACUGAGGAAACUGAUUGGAGCUCCUGCUUAUAUUGAAUGCAGUUCAAAAACACAGCAGAAUGUGAAGGCGGUUUUCGAUGCAGCCAUUAAGGUGGUGCUUCAGCCACCUAAGCAAAAGAAGAAGAAGAGAAAGGCACAAAAGGCUUGCUCCAUAUUGUGAUCAAAGGAAAAUUUUAGCUUUGACGAGGAUAUGAUGAUCUGCUAGCCUCUCCUUUUCUGUCUGUCAGUUUCCUUUCAGUUCGCAUUCCCUUCUAAAGAAGUGGCGAGCAUUGUGUAUAUUCUAGACUGACAUUGUAGGGAUUGAUGUGAAAGCAUGAGAUGGUUUGUUUCACACUUGUUUUCUGAACUGUGACUGAUGAUUAGCAAUUCCUUCGUAACAAAUGUGCACCUCUUUUCUUGUUUAA